GAAGGCUUAGCAGGGGAUGGACACCAGUUUUUUGUUUUAUUUUGUAGAAAGCAGAAAUAUUUUCCUGUUGCCUUACUUUGUGCAACUACAUAAAAUUUUGCCUAGAAAUGCUUGAUAACGGUACUUCUCUAUGGGUAGGUGAUAUAUCACCUCAUAUGGAUGCAUAUUUCAUGCAAAGAGCCUUUAUGAAAGCUGGCCACCCGUGCCUAAGUUUCAAGGUCAUAAAAGAUAAACAAACCCAACAAUGUGCUGGAUACGGUUUUGCAAACUUUCCUACACUUGAAUUGGCAGCUAAAGCGUUAUCUCUUCUUAAUGGGACCCUUAUACCAGAUUCUAAUCCGCCCACUUAUUUUAGGCUUGGAUGGGCUACGCAUAGUCAAAAUAGCAAUCCUUAUUCUGUCCCUGGUUAUGGAGAAGAUUUUUCCGUUUAUGUGGGAGAUCUAUCAUCCGACGUCACUGAAGUCCAGUUGUUGGAUUUUUUCAGAAAAAGAUAUCCUAAUCUAAGAUUUGCAAGAAUUUUAUAUGAAAAUGGGGUGUCUAAAGGAUAUGGUUUUUUAAGAUUUUUUGAUGAAGCUGAGUACCGCCACUGCUUAGAGACAAUGAACGGCGUAAGCGGUUUGGGAAACCGGCCGAUCAAGGUAAGAGCUGGGAUCCCAAAAAAACAGAAUACUUGCACCACUGCGGCAAGUAUGACCAUAAGUCAGUCGCCUCUGCUCAAUGUUUUGCCCUCAGUAUAUGACGCAUAUGCCUACAUAACGUGUUACGGCUAUCGCUAUGACGAGGGCCUUAAGUAUUACUUCUCUUCGCCAACGGUUGUCGCCACUCCCGUAUUGCAGCCUGCGAAAAAUUAUAAGAAAACUAUACAAGCGAAUAGCUUUUCCUUUGGGCCGUAUAAUACGAACGUUGAAAAUAAAAUAUACGUUUCCAGUAGGAUGAGAAUGUUUGUAGAGCAAACAAAAACCAUUUGGCCAUCUGCCGUUUGUAUCUCUCCGGCACCAAGUCCUUUCUAUUAA